AGCUCAGCCAUUAGUCGUGAUGAUCCUGCUUUCGUCAUCGCAAGAACAAACGUAGACUGGCGAGAAACAGACAACGCUCACAUCUUUCGUGCUGAUCUUCCUGGAGUGAGGAAAGAAGAAGUGAAAGCACAAAUAGAAGAUGGGAACGUGCUUCACAUUAGUGGUGAACAUACAAAAGAAGAAGAACAACAUGAGAGAGAUAAAUGGCAUCGAUACGAAAGGCGCCGUGGUAGUUUUUCGAGGAGGUUCCGGUUGCCGGAGAAUGCCAAAGUGGAUGAUGUCAAAUGUAGCUUGGAGAACGGGGUGUUGACUGUUUGUGUUCCAAAACAUGUGUCUGAUCAGGACAAGCCUAGAAAUGUUAGGUCCAUCGAUAUAGCUUAG